AUGCCACUCAGCGACCACCCCCGUGCAUAUGGCACGGCCGCUCUGACGGUGGCCUUUGCAGCCGGCAUCCUGGUCACGCUGGGCUUCAAGGACCUCUACCCCGAGCUCGAGGGCCGCUUCCAGCGCAUACGGCAGGCAAGAGCAAGAAGGCGAAGGCGCGUGAGCACGAGCAAAGACCCCGCCGCUGAAUCAAGACGGGGCAGCCUCUUCUUCGGCGGGCCUGUCACGCUCGAAGACCACGAGCGCGGCUACGGGAGUGACGACGACGAUGAUUCCUCCUCCUCCAAUGGCAAGGAAAAGGAGUCCAUCGUCGACGGAAUCGAGGGCUGCAUCGGCAGCACACCGCUCGUCAAGAUCCGCAGCCUGUCCGAGGCGACGGGGCGCGAGAUCCUGGCCAAGGCCGAGUUCCUCAACGGCGCCGGCGGCAGCCCCAAGGACCGCGUGGCGCUCAACAUGAUCCGCUCGGCGGAAUCCCUGGGCUUACUGACGCCAGGCCGCGGCGACACCAUCUACGAAGGGACCGUCGGCAGCACGGGCAUCUCGCUGGCGGCGCUGGCGCGCGCGCGCGGCUACCGCGCGCACAUCUGCAUGCCCGACGACCAGAGCGCCGAGAAGUCGGCGCUGCUGCACCACCUAGGCGCGACGGUCGAGCGCGUGCCGGUCGCACCCAUCACGUCGCCGCACCACUUCGUCAACCUAGCGCGCACGCGCGCCGCCGAGCACACGGCGUCGGCCGCCACGCCCACGGACAGCCGCGGCUUCUUCGCGGACCAGUUCGAGUCGCGCGCCAACGCGGCGGCGCACGAGGCCACCACGGGCCCCGAGAUCUGGGCGCAGACGGGCGGCGGCCGGCUGGACGCGUUCGUCGCGGGCGCCGGCACGGGCGGCACCGUUGCGGGCGUGGCGCGUUACCUCAAGUUGGCGGACCGCAAAGUAGCAGGGCGGCAGGGGGCGUUACGCAUAGUGCUGGCGGAUCCGCAGGGCAGCGGCUUGUACAACAAGGUGAGGCACGGGGUCAUGUAUGCGGGGGCGACGGAGCGCGAGGGCACGCGGCGGCGCAGCCAGGUGGACAGCAUCGUCGAGGGUAUCGGCAUCAACCGCAUCACGGAGAACUUCGAAGCCGGGCGGGCGCUGAUCGACGACGCUGUGCGCGUGACGGACGAGCAGGCGUGCCGCAUGGCGCGCUGGCUGGUCGAGCACGACGGCAUCUUUGUUGGCAGCAGCAGCGCUGUCAACUGUGUUGCUGCUGUGGCUACCGCCCUGGCCCUGCCGCCCGGCAGCCGCGUCGUCACCGUGCUGUGCGACUCGGGCACCCGCCACCUGAGCAAGUUCUGGAAGCGCAUUGGUGAGAUGGGGCUCGAGGACAACGACAACGACCGCGACGGUAACGACCCCGAGGCCGCGGAGCAGUCGGGCGACCUGCUCUCCAUCUUAGGUCUCUCUCCGACGGGCACUAGCACGAGGUAG